AUGGCUGAGUCUAACUCAAAUAGCACAGGUAUGGAUAUUUGGUCACAAAUUUCUUUAGACAAAUUGGCUACCGCCAUUGCUUCUCUUGGUGAUCGUACUGACCAACUCAAGGAUGAUUCAUGGCGAUUGAAUCUUAAGACAAAAUCUUCUAUCUCAUGUUGGAGUGAGGUUAUUAAUAAAUUGUCACUUAAUGACAAUGAAAGAAUUCGCCUUGCUUUAUACAAAACAUGGCGUGAGGAUCGGCAUCAAAUUCAUGAUCUUGUUGGCGAAAAGAAGAAUGAAAUUAAGAUUGAUGAAAUAAAAGAAGUGAGUGAUGAGAGUAACAAAACAGGAAAGAAUUCCAUUGAUGAGAGGGUGAUUGCACCUUCACAUUCUGAACCAUCGUUACCUCUACCUGAACCAUACAAUACACGCACAUAUCAAAAAGCAAUAACAAGUGGUAAUUUCUAUCAACGCCGUUGUAUUAGAACAGAAUUUAUUUCUCUUACUCGUAUUGAAUGGAAGGAUGCAUUUAGUCGUACUCAUAAGAAAACAAGAUCUGGUUGGACCAGAAUUUUUGAUGAGAAAUUGAGAUCUAUUGGUAUUACAUGCUCACUACGUUUUCAUUCUGCUAAUAUCCCAAGCGGUGUGAGAAAACAUAACUGUUCAGAUUUUUGGUUCAGUACAGCUUGUACUGGCGAUAAAUGUCAGAGAAAAUAUAUAGUAAGUCAUAGAAGAGAUAUGGAUAAUAACUUAGUGGCGUUAUUUCGUGUGGAUACCUAUGACGAAGAAAAUCACAGCGAAGACAACAUAAUGGGACCACGCAAGAUGGAUGCUCAAGAACGUGAUUGUAUUGGCAAACGAGCAAAUGAAGUUGGUCCCCUAGCAACAUUUCGUGAGCGUAUAGAAAUUGCUGAUGAAAAAAUUCUCGCAGCAGAUUCAACUGGUGGAGUAUUAAAGCCAAUGAAAGAACAAAAUGAUGUGUACGUUUAUACAAUAAUGUUCAAAGACGGCGUUGAUGCGAUGGAUAAUGUUCCACUAGCACAUGCUAUAUUAACAGAUCAUACAGUUCCGGGCAUUGGUUACUUUCUUGGCAAUCAAUUCAAUAUUGAAACUGUUAACACAAAUCUCAAACGAUGCUGGAAUGUUAUACAUCGCAAAUAUAGUGCUGAAAAUAUUCGAUCAUUAUCUUUUAUUCAUUUAUGCUGUUGCCAUGUUAUGCAUGCCAUUGCAAGAAGUCUGAAUGCUGAAAAAAUUGAAAAAAAAACACGAGAAGCUGUCUUAUAUAUAUUCGCUUAUAUGUUAUGUAGCGAUGAUAUUAAUCAAUUAUAUGACACAUUAGGAUUAGUGAUUAAUAUAUUCGGCGAUCCAAACGAACAGAACGCAAAAGAGAAGCUUGAUAAAAGAUGCUCUCUUAAAUUGAACGUUGAUGAAGAAAGUGAGUCAGUUUUAAAAGACUUUGAUAAAAUUUUUAGAACAGCUGAAGUGAACGAAGAAGAAUUAAAGCUUGUGGAUGAAUAUUUUGAAUCAGAUGAACCUAUUAUUCACCAGUCGCCAUUUAAUAAAGAGGCUAUUAAACGCUAUCCAUUGCUGAAUGAGAUAGUAAUAAAAAAAAAAGAUAAAAAACAAUUUACUAAAAAAGAACUUAAUCUUUUUUUUUCUUCUCAACUUGAUAAUCUUCUUCGUCAUCGUAAUUCUUCCUCCUCGUCAUCUAACUCAUUUUGGUAUAGAAGUAAAUUUUUCCUCAAACCAUCGUCUUCCUCUCUACAAGCUUUUCUGGAUUCAUCAGGUCAAAUAGUCAAAGAAAGUGAUCUUAUGGGCAAUAUAGCAGCUGAUUAUUAUGAAGAGUUUUUUAAAGCAUCAAAUAUUGUUAGACCUCAUCCAUAUACUGAUUCACCUGCAAUUGAAUACGAUAAUAUUAACGAAGUUAUUCCUGAAGUAAAACUUGAUGAACUUAUAAAUACAGUUUUAGCUAAAAAGAAAAAAAAUUAG